UUGAAAGUCUUGAGUGUGACUUUAGUCCAGGAGAUACCAUGUCCGCCGUCAUAGGCGAACUGUACUCACCUCUGCUCUCAUUUAAAACUCAUUCUCCAUGAAAUAACAGUAACACGGGGCCUCAAGGAUGGCCAACUCGGGUGCUGUUCAGGUCAAACUAGAACUCGGUCAUCGUGCCCAGGUCAGGAAGAAACCCACUGUGGAAGGCUUUACCCACGACUGGAUGGUGUUUGUCCGCGGACCAGAGCACAGCAACAUCCAGCACUUUGUGGAGAAAGUGGUUUUUCACCUGCACGAAAGCUUCCCGAAACCAAAAAGAGUUAUCAAGGAUCCCCCGUACAAAGUGGAGGAGUCUGGGUAUGCAGGCUUCAUCUUGCCUAUUGAAGUUUACUUCAGGAAUAAGGAAGAACCGAAGAAAGUUCGCUUUGAUUACGACCUGUUCCUCCACCUGGAGGGCCACCCACCUGUCAAUCAUCUCCGCUGUGAGAAGCUCACCUUCAACAACCCAACAGAGGAGUUUCGCAGGAAGCUGCUGAAAGCUGGAGGGCAGCGGGAUCCUAACAAACGAAGUUCAGAAGACUCAAAAGUGAUGGUAAUGCAGGAGGGCGCCACCUCCCUGUUCGGCCAGCACAUGAAGCUGCCUUCACUUCCCAGCUCGCUGACAUCCACCUUCUCGGACCAAAAGAAGAGCAAAAGCUUUCAAGGGUCAAAGGAUGGCUCCAAAGGAAGCAGCACCACCCUUCUCACCACCGCAACAACCACCAGCACCAACAACAUCAGCUUCUCCAAAGUCCAAAAACCCUCCAAGGACCACAAAGACAAGCCUCCAAAGGACUUGAAAGAACCCAAAAGUGCCUUCAGAGACUCUGGCUGGGAAUCCAGCAAAGUCCCCAAAGAACAUUCCAGGAAACCCAAAGAGAACCAGCCACUUAGAGAUAUAAAUCCUAAGAUGGGCUUCAAGGAACCCAAGUCUUUGUCCAAGGAGCAUCGGACUGAGGGGAUGACCCACGGGUCGGGGCUAAACAAGCGUCUGUCCACUUCUGAAGCCGACGAUUUCUUGACCAAAAAGCGUAAAAAGGGAUUUGUGGAUCCGUCAGGGAAGCAGACUUCAGGGUCAGACGCUCCGCAUUUAGAUAAGAAACUCUUGAAAGAUAGAUCGCAGAUGCGACCAAGUAAACUGCGACCAGAAGUUGACGAGGCAGAGCGCAGGAAGGUGUCGACACUCCCACCAUUCCAGGACCUGGUGGACCACAACGACUCUGAUAUGGACCAGUCCAACAAAUCAGAUUCGGAACAGCCCAGUCCAGCCAGCUCCAGCUCCAGUUCAGGCUUUGCUCAUACACACCACAAACGCCAAGUGGUGGACUUCAUCAUCAGGAAAAGGGUGGCUAUUCCUGCCACCACCCACACAGUGCUGGGCCCGCUGCAGUCAGUAAUGCAGGAUCUUCACUCCGAUGACAACGAUGAUGAUUCAGAGGACGACGACGACAACGACAUGGACUCUGACAUGGAGCGACCAGCGCACACACACCACACACACCACCAACGCAGGGUCAGUUUGAGUGAUGGCAGUGCGAGUGACAGCUCCUCACCAUCACCCCCAUCCCGUCAUGAAGCCCCACCCAUACUAAAGACUACUAAUAACCAGAUACUGGAGGUGAAGAGUCCCCCCAAGCAGAGCAAGCAGGACAAGAACAAAAACAUAGAUUGUGACAAGGCUUACCUGGAUGAGCUGGUGGAGCUACACAAAAGACUGAUGACACUGAGAGAGGGGCACAUACUGCAACAGAUUGUGAACCUGAUUGAAGAGACGGGACACUUCCACAUCACAAACACUACUUUUGACUUCGACCUUUGCUCCCUGGACAGAAGUACAGUGAGGAAGCUCCAGAGUUACCUGGAAACCUCUGGACUGUCCUGAGGCUAUGAGCAGCUGGCUGCUGGAUGUCUGUCUCUGAGGAGGAUUUCCAUUGUUCCUUUUUUUCUUGAAAAAACUCCAACUUUGGCUGCAACGCAAAAGCCCCACUGGGGCUGGAGCCAGUCGUUGUGUCCUGCCUGCUGUUGCACCAGCUAUCUGAAUGGAAGUGGGGGGGGGGGUCCCGCUGCAGAAAGCAGAGCCUGGUGUUUGGGGAAUGAGCCCUGUGGAUCAGGAGAUCACCCAGAAAGCCUUGAACCUUCUCUUGAUUUAAAAAAAAAAGUUAAAAGUGGGACGCUGCGACCUUGUUGUUUUAAUGUGCAAAUUGUUCCGAUACAUGUUCCUUAAUUUGUUAUUCAUUGGGACAAAUGCAUGGUCAACAUUGCCUUACAACAUUGUAAGUCUUAUUUAUUGAAGUGUGUGUGUGUGUGUGUGUGUGUGUGUGUGUGUGUGUGUGUGUGUGUGUGUGUGUGUGUGUGUGUGUGUGUGUGUGUGUGUGUGUGUGUGUGUGUGUGUGUGUGUGUGUGUGUGUGUGUGUGUGUGUGUGUGUGUGUGUGUGUGUGUGUGUGUGUGUGUGUGUGUGUGUGUGUGUGUGUGUGUGUGUGUGUGUGUGUGUGUGUGUGUGAGAAACAAUGGAAAAAAGCAGCAGUAUGAGACUUUGUUGAAGCACUUCACAACUGGCAUUACUGAGGACACUUGAUUUGUCGCUGACUUGAAUUAAAAUUCAAUGUCCUAUUGCAUAAUCACAAUGGGGAAAAAAACUGCCAGAGUAGGUGUGAAGGUGACGCUAAAAAUAACAUUUAUAUUUCAAUCCAUCACAAAGUCAGCCUACAGAAGCACUCCUGCAUCCAAACCAGAACUACAUGUUUCAAUCUGUGCCUAAAUCAUAGUCAUCAUAAGUUAUUCAGAAUAAAACAUUUUCUCACUGGCGUCUGAGGGCUUCACAAAUAAAAUAAAAAAUAAACAUACAUUUAAGGAACAACAUUGUGUAAAGACAUAAAUGGACUGUGAACACAUUGCCUAUUUCAGAUGAUGUGCCUAGCCUAGGAAUGAUGUCUCAUUAUUGUAUAUAAUAUGUGUCUGAAGCAUACUGAAGUUUCCAGACACAGGAAGUACUCUACAUGUUGCUUUUACUUCACGGCCUUCUGUGUAUAAUCCUCAUUUUCAAACAAACAGUUUUAAAGGGAAAAAAUGUAAACCCAAACCCAAACCCUACUUGUUUCUAUAGAUUUUUGUUUUUAACGCAACUUCAAUCAAUGCGUACAUCUAUAAUCGGCAUGCACAUAAACUCUUGAUGUCAUACCGACGCAGGGAUUGGCUGUCCCGCUGGAUCAGCUCACCACCAAAUAAUUUCCUUCAUCACUUGGCAGUUUUUUAUUCCCAUAUUUUGACACUGUAUAAAGUAAGACUUGAGUGGCUCCAGAUGUGAGCUGAGCACAAAUCACUGAGGUGGCAGUUCUCAUGAUGGAAUCAAACGUAUAUUUUUACCAAAUCCAGGAAUAAUGUGCGACCGGCUUAUUGGCUGCAAACAAGAGAAAGCUUUGUUGUGUUGGCUCAUUUUCUGCUCCAGGGCCAAUGGAACAUGCCAAAAGCAUAGUCAGAAGCAGUUGUUUAGGAUACUCGCGUGUGUCUACGGAGAGAAAGAACAUCAUCCUCUCUUUGCCGGGAAAAAUAUUUGUGGAACAGACCAAACCCUGUAAGAGGGAAUGUGGUGAAAAUGGACAGCUCCUGUGCUCUGCAUUUCUGAAAUGUGUGAAAUAUUUUGGGUAGAUUUAAAAGAGAAGGCCAGUGGGAGUUUUGGCUGACAGGUACUGUUACGGGUUUAAGAAAAAAAUAAUAUUUUAUUUAUUUUGUGGAUGUUGGAGUUGUUAAAUCGAACCUCAACAUUGUUUUCCAAGGAGAAUGCUUUUGUUUGAUUUGUACCAAAGGACACGUGUGCCAGUCUGAUAAACUAGUUCAGGACGGUGCCGUCCUUUCCAAAUGACCUUGAAAGGUUUUUUCUCACCCUGUGUUCUGUCUUAUGGUUUCUUGUGUAUUUUGAGGAUAUACAAUAAAUAUUCUGUAUGAUGUACAGAUGAUUUAGUAAGUAA